AUGAGAGAAAAGGCAUGUGAAUUUGCGUCGUUGGGGAAAGCAAAAGUCCUGCUUCCCAAACAGUACGAGGCAAUAGUUCGGUUUCCACUUGAAUGUUUGGGGAAUGCCAGUGGCAGACACCUGGGCAAAAUCCACGCAGUGCAAGAAUGUGAGAAAAUCUCAGUCAUGAAAAUCGUCGAACACUUCCCGUUCAGUCGCAGCGCACUCUCUUCCUUCCACUUCCACCUCUUCUCGCGUCCACUUUCCACUCAUUCCCCGCAACCCCUUCACCAACGAAACCAGAACCAAGACCCUCACUCUCUAAUGAAACAAGACCCAAUCGAGAUAUGCACCUCACUAUGGGUCAAAACCUUCUCCUCUCCGCAAAACACCUCGUUCCCCAACCUCACCGGCUUCCUCUCCAACUUCGAUAUCUGGCUCUUCGCAUACCAACGCUCAUGCGCCCACGCCACCGGCACCUUCCCUCCUCGUAACGCCGUUGGCACCCCCGUUCUCCAAUCCCUGCUUUGCCUCCGUAACGCCGUAGUCCGCAACCGUUUUGAAUGGAACGACAGAACAAACCCUCUUCUCCGCGCCCCCAACGACGCCGCCAUUUCGAAGCCCCUCUCCAAACGCAGACUGCAAGCCGCUAUCAAAUCUGGCGCGCCCUGCUUCCAGGAUCGCGUCGUUCAGGAGGUUCUCCUCAUGAUUCUUGAACCGAUUUUCGAACCCCGGUUCUCCCCCAAAUCACACGCGUUUCGACCCGGUCGAAACCCUCACACGGUUAUUCGCACCAUUCGGAGUAACUUCGCAGGGUACUUGUGGUUUCUCAAAGGGGAUCUGAGUGAGAUUUUGAACCACGUGGAUCCACAUGUUGUAAUGCGUUCUCUUGAAAAGGGUACUAGGGAUAAGAAAAUUUUGGGGUUGAUAAAAUCUGCGCUUGAGGGUGAGAAAAGGCAACGUGUGUCGCGCAAGGAAGAGAAUGUUGAGGAGUUGAGGAGGCUUAAGAAGAGGAGGGCUACGAAGAAGAGGAUUCUGAAAGAGAAUGAGCCGAAACCUGAUCCUUAUUGGUUGAGAACGUUUUUUAGUUUUGCUCCUGAGGAGGCUGCUAAGGUACCUAAUUAUGGACAUUGUGGGAUUUUAAGUCCUUUGCUUGCUAAUGUUUGUCUUAAUGAGUUGGAUCAUUGGAUGGAGAAGAGGAUUGUUGAGUUUUUUAGGCCUAGUGAGUUUGACUCCAUAUGGAAGUAUUCGAUUGAUGAUGGGUGUCAUAACCCGGCCUGGCCAGAGUUUGUUCCGUCGAGUGGAAGGGAAAAGACUAGGAAGAUGGAUUACGUUAGAUAUGGGGGCCAUUUUUUGAUUGGGAUUCGAGGGCCAAGGGAGGAUGCUGUGGAAUUGAGGAAGAAGAUUGUUGCAUUUUGUGAGAGUCUGUUUGGGGUGAGGUUGGAUAAUUCCAAGUUGGAGAUUGAGCAUGUUACUAGGGGGAUACAGUUCUUGGAUCAUAUAAUAUGCCGGAGGGUGAUACACCCUACCUUGCGUUACACGGGUUCUGGAGGGAACAUUGUGAGUGAAAAGGGUGUGGGGACUUUGCUCUCGGUUACUGCUAGCUUGCAGCAAUGCAUUCGCCAGUUUAGGAGGCUUGAGCUUGUGAAGGGUGAUAAAGAUCCUGAGCCACUUCCAUGUAAUCCUAUGUUGUACUCGGGUCAAGCUCACACCAAUUCUCAAAUGAACAAGUUCCUCGAGACCAUGGCUGAUUGGUAUAGGUAUGCUGAUAAUCGCAAAAAGGUUGUUGGCUUUUGUGCCUAUGUUGUUCGGAGCUCAUUGGCCAAAUUGUAUGCUGCUAGGUAUAGGCUGAAGUCCCGUGCCAAGGUGUAUGGCAUAGCUUCACGAAAUCUCAGCCGUCCUCUGAGGGAGAGCACUAACAAUUCUGCACCUGAAUAUUCGGAUCUUUUGAGGAUGGGGCUGGUGGAUGCAAUUGAAGGUGUUCAGUUUUCGCACAUGUCUUUGAUUCCAUCUUGUGAUUAUACACCAUUCCCAAGGAAUUGGAUCCCGGAUCAUGAGAGGGUGUUGCACGAAUAUAUAAAACUUGAAAAUCCCAAGUUUUUCUGUGAGUUGCUCAGAUCUGUUAAGCAAAAAGGUUUAAAUCUGCCUCAAGAUGAGAUAUCUCAAAUGGUAUGGGACUACAAAACUCUGGGAGUUAGUUCUUUUCGAUCUAACAAGGAUAAAGAAAUAAAAUCUGUUUUGAAGGAGAUUACUGAGUAA